UUCAAAAGUUACGGAUUUAACACAUGUUAACACAGAUUACAGAUAUAGUUUAUUGAAAAAGUACAAAUUGUGUAAAAAAUCAAUAACAUUUAAAAUAUUGUUUCAAUAAACCUCAAAAAACUCACUAAAGCAGAUUGCCUCCUCAUAGAAGUCACAUUUCAAACAAAUAAAAUCAACAGUUUGUAGACCUUUAACAAGUUGAAAAAUGAAUCCUAGAGAGAUUGCUGAUAAUCUUACACUGGCUCGAGAAAAUACUAUGAUUGGAAAUUAUUCAAAUGCUGAAGUUCUUUAUAUUGGUGCUAUAGAAAUGUUGAAUCGGUUCAUGAGAACAAUUGUUGAACCAUCACCUAAAACGGAAUGGGAAGAGGCACUAAAGAAAGUUUCACUGGAAUAUGAAGGAGUGAAAAGAUUAAAUCAAACUUUACAGAACUUCAGAUUAAAAACAAAAGGAGAUCUACCAAUCGGAACUAGAAGACUUUGUCGAGAUGAACAACCUGUUAGGGAUGAUGAUCCAGAUGUGUGGCCUCCACCAACACCUGUUGAGUACAGUAAUAUUAGAGGUAAUGGACCUUCAAAGUCGAGAAUAUCUAAUGUAAAAAAAGUGGAAACGAAAAAGAGAGAUUCAAGAGUAGUUUCCUCAUCAACUUCAAGCAGAAGAUCUGAAAUCCUGAAAACUAAAGUUACUAAAAAAGAUGAACGUCCAUCCUCAUCAAAAUCAGAUAGAGAUCGAGAUCAAGAACCAGUUGUAAAAACUGAAAAAACAGAUGAACCAGAAGAGAAGAAAUUUGAAUGUCAUGGUAUGGAUAGAGAACUUGCUGACACAUUAGAGCGUGAUAUUGUUCAGAAAAAUCCCAAUAUAAAAUGGGAUGAUAUAGCAGAUUUACAUGAAGCAAAGAGGCUCCUGGAAGAAGCAGUUGUGUUGCCAAUGUUGAUGCCAGAAUUUUUCACUGGAAUACGUCGUCCAUGGAAAGGAGUGCUUAUGGUUGGUCCUCCUGGCACAGGAAAAACUAUGUUGGCAAAAGCUGUGGCUACAGAAUGUAGCACAACGUUUUUUAAUGUCUCUUCUUCUACACUUACAUCGAAGUACCGUGGUGAAUCAGAAAAAAUGGUCAGGCUCUUAUUUGAAAUGGCUAGAUUUUAUGCACCUAGUACUAUAUUCAUUGAUGAAAUUGAUUCAUUAUGUUCACGCAGAGGAUCUGAAUCUGAGCAUGAAGCAUCUAGGAGAGUCAAAUCAGAACUUCUGAUUCAAAUGGAUGGGAUCACAGCUAACAAUGAGGAGCCAGGAAAGGUUGUUAUGGUGUUAGCUGCAACCAAUUUCCCUUGGGAUAUAGAUGAAGCUUUGAGGCGAAGACUAGAAAAACGAAUUUAUAUACCUCUUCCCAGCUUAGAAGGAAGAGAAGCUCUCUUAAGAAUAAAUUUGAGAGAGGUUAAAUUGGAUCCAGAGGUGAACUUGGCAGAUAUUGCAGAAAGAUUGGAUGGCUUUUCUGGUGCUGACAUCACAAAUGUUUGUAGGGAUGCUUCAAUGAUGUCAAUGCGUCGAAAAAUAUUUGGUUUGCGAGCAGAUCAAAUUAAACAGCUUCCUAAGGAAGAACUGGAUUUGCCUGUAACCUCAAGAGAUUUUCAUGAAGCAUUAAUGAAAAACAAUAAAAGCGUUUCCAGUGAGGAUUUGCAGAAAUAUGAGAAGUGGAUGAAUGAAUUUGGUUCCUCAUGAUUCAAAUUUGGUCAUACACUGUUCAUUAUAAUUUUUUUUUUAUCAAUUGACAAACCAAAAAAAUAUUUUUAACCUUUUAAUCGAGUUGCUAUAAAUUCAUUCCAAUGUUUUCUAGAAUGACCACAUACUAAUGUUUUUUAGCUCAGAGUUAACAUGUUUUUAGUCUAUCCCUAAAUUUAUGCUAUGUUGAUAUAAAUAUUAAAAUGCUCAAAAUAAA